AAACUAAAAAGCCUCUCUUUGAAAAAAAAAAAAAAAAAAAAAAGAAAAAAAAAACUCCAUAUUAGGGUUUUCAGAGGCGCCGCUUUUGGACAAUUUCGGUCCGAGAGAAGUAUUUUCUCAUUCCGUUCGUUUCUCAGGAAGAAAAUAGCAAUGGAAGUUACCCAGGUUCUUCUAAGUGCACAAGCUGUAGAUGCAACCGUGCGGAAACAUGCUGAAGAUACUUUGAAACAGUUUCAGGAUCAAAAUCUUCCUGGUUUUCUGUUAUCCCUUUCUGGAGAGCUUGCUAGUGAAGAAAAGCCAAUUGAAAGUCGUAAACUGGCAGGUUUGAUUCUCAAAAAUGCUUUGGAUGCUAAGGAACAACAUAGAAAGUAUGAGCUUGUUCAAAGAUGGUUGUCUUUAGAUGUGGCUGUGAAGGGCCAAAUCAAGGCAUGCUUGUUACAAACCCUCUCUUCUUCUGUACCUGAUGCUCGAUCAACUGCUUCACAAGUCAUUGCAAAAGUUGCAAGUAUUGAGCUGCCGCAGAAACAGUGGCCAGAGCUGAUAGGAUCCCUCUUGUCAAAUAUUCAUCAGGUCCCACCUCAUGUAAAGCAAGCUACCCUUGAAACUUUGGGGUAUCUGUGUGAAGAAGUUGUUCCUGAUGUUGUUGAUCAAGAUCAUGUUAAUAAGAUACUUACAGCCGUGGUACAAGGAAUGAAUGCAAAUGAAGGUAACAAUGAGGUCAGGCUUGCUGCCACCCGAGCUUUGUAUAAUGCUCUUAGCUUUGCGCAGGCAAACUUUUCCAACGAUAUGGAACGUGAUUACAUAAUGAGAGUUGUUUGUGAGGCCACUCUCUCCCCAGAGGUGAAAAUUCGCCUGGCUGCUUUUGAGUGUUUGGUCUCGAUUGGGUCAACAUAUUAUGAGAAAUUAACACCAUACAUCCAAGACAUUUUCAACAUCACGUUGAAGGCUGUCAGAGAAGAAGAGGAACCAGUUGCACUUCAGGCCAUUGAGUUUUGGAGCUCAGUUUGUGAUGAGGAGAUUGAUAUUUUGGAAGAGUAUGGAGGUGAAUUUACUGCAGAUUCUGAUGUUCCGUGCUAUCAUUUUAUCAAACAAGCUCUCCCGGCACUUGUUCCUAUGCUGUUGGAGACUCUUCUCAAACAAGAAGAAGAUCAGGAUCAGGAUGACGGAGCUUGGAAUCUUGCCAUGGCUGGUGGAACUUGCCUUGGUCUGGUUGCCCGGACAGUGGGUGAUGAUAUUGUGCCGCUUGUGAUGCCAUUUAUUGAAGAGAAUAUAACAAAACCUGAUUGGAGGCAGAGAGAGGCAGCUACAUAUGCAUUUGGUUCCAUAUUGGAAGGUCCUUCGCCCGAUAAGUUAACCCCUAUCGUCAAUGUUGCUCUAAAUUUCAUGCUCACGGCUUUGACCAAUGACCCAAGUAGCCAUGUGAAGGACACAACUGCAUGGACCUUGGGGAGAAUAUUUGAAUUCCUUCAUGGUUCAACUAUGGAAACACCCAUUAUUACUCCAGAAAAUUGCCAACAGAUUAUUACAGUUCUACUCCAGAGCAUGAAAGACGUUCCAAAUGUUGCUGAGAAAGCCUGUGGUGCUCUCUAUUUUCUCGCACAAGGUUAUGAGGACUUGGGAUCAUCAUCUUCUUUGAUGCCUUAUUUCCAAGAAAUUGUUCAGUCCCUUCUCAACGUCACUCAUAGAGAAGAUGCUGGGGAGUCACGACUUCGGACUGCUGCGUACGAGACACUUAAUGAAGUGGUAAGAUGCUCAACUGAGGAAACUGCCCGGUUAGUCUCGGAGCUUGUUCAAGUCAUCAUGGCAGAGCUUCACAAGACUCUCGAGGGACAGAAACUCUUGUCUGACGAGCGAGAGAAGCAGAAUGAAUUACAAGGCCUUCUCUGUGGGUGCUUACAGGUCAUUAUUCAGAAACUAGGGGCUUCAAAUACCGCCAAGUAUGCCUUCAUGCAGUAUGGAGAUCAGAUCAUGAACCUUCUUCUCAGGGUUUUUGCUUGUAGAAGUGCCACUGUCCAUGAGGAAGCAAUGCUUGCUAUUGGUGCAUUUGCCUAUGCAACAGGCCCCAACUUUGCAAUAUUCUUGCCUGAAUUUUACAAGUACUUGGAGAUGGGUCUACAGAAUUUCGAAGAAUACCAAGUUUGUGCUGUAACAGUUGGUGUUGUGGGUGAUAUCUGCAGGGCAUUGGAGGGUAAGAUUCUGCCUUACUGUGAUGGGAUAAUGACCCAGCUCCUCAAAGACUUGUCAAGUAACCAACUUCACCGAUCCGUAAAGCCCCCAAUCUUUUCAUGCUUUGGGGACAUAGCACUGGCCAUUGGAGAGAAUUUUGAGAAGUACCUAAUGUAUGCAAUGCCCAUGCUCCAGAGCGCUGCAGAAUUGUCUGCUCACACAUCAGGUGUGGAUGAUGAAAUGAUAGAAUAUACUAAUCUUCUUAGGAAUGGAAUUUUGGAGGCAUAUUCUGGAAUAUUCCAGGGCUUCAAGAACACUCCUAAGACUCAGCUUCUGUUCCCGUAUGCACCACAUAUCCUUCAAUUCCUAGACAGCAUUUACAUGGAGAAAGAUAUGGAUGAUGUUGUGAUGAAAACUGCUAUUGGUGUCCUGGGCGAUUUAGCUGAUACGCUGGGAAGCAAUGCAGGUUCUUUGAUUCAGCAAUCUGUCUCAAGCAAAGACUUUUUAAAUGAAUGCUUGUCUUCAGAUGACCACUUGAUUAAGGAAUCUGCCGAGUGGGCCAGGUUGGCCAUUAGUCGUGCCAUUUCUGUUUGAGGUGGCAUCCAGGGAGUACGUAUUAUCUAACCUGCAUGCAUAUGGUCAUGUUGAGUCGGUUCAGGUCGGGUCCAGAAUUGCAUAAAACGAGUCGGUCAUUAAAUUUCUCUGACUACAGAAGCCAUUUAUCUUCGUAAAGUCACUAACUCAUGCAUAAGCAUCAUGGGAUCGGGAUGGUGGUGGCUGAAGGACCUGAGAAGCAAAAUCUCGGGUUCAUUAAUUUUGCCAUGGGAAGGAAUCGGUGGCAGUGGCUUCUCAGUAAUUUAAACUUGAGAAGUAGAGUUCAAUUUUUGAGAUCGAUUCGGGAGGGAAGAUAGUUGUUACUGUGCUGAAUGAACAAAUCAGUCUGCAUUGCAUUUCUGUGCUUUGUGCGUCCUUGGUGGUCUCUCCCGGUGGUCAAAACAAGAUAUUCUCGAUGUCAUCCUUGAUCGGGACAAGAUAAGCCCCCAGAGCUUUGGUUGGCAUGAUACCUUGAGCCAGCCAACCCACCUACCCGCUGCAGUUUUUCUUCCCUAAUUUUUAAAUUUUCUUUUUCAUCAAAAAUCAGUUUUUUUAAAAAAAAUGUUUUCUGGUCUGUCUUUCUCUUGCAUUGGUCAUACAUAAGUUCUUGGAGUCGAUUUGCAUUCAAUCUCAUUAUUUUCAUUCAUCAUGUUAUAUUUGGGGGGCUCAGGUCGGGGUUAGUGGGCCAGGUGGUUGGGUGUCUGGUCGGGUUAUGCAUUUCAUUCUGGGCCGGGCGGGUGGGUGGUCAGGUUAGGCAUUUCAUUCACAUCAUUUUUUUUUCUCCAAAAUUUUUCAAUCAUGGCAUUUCACAGGUCAAAGAGUCGAAAUACAUGCAUUUGUGAAAACAUACAUGCUUCUCUGUUUCUCUAUGUAGAAGUAUUGUUUGCGUUUUUUCCUGUCAAUCUUGCGGUUUUAGACGUUUUUUCUUUUGGUUUUUGAACUUUUGGGAUUUAAAAAAAUGCAAUGUCAUGAACUGCGAUGACAUUGGAAGGAUUGAGAAUAGGAUAUUGAAGAAUCAAUUGUUGUCCAGAGGCAGUGUAUUUGUGUAGUUUUGCCUCACAUUUUCAGCUUUCAAUGGAUGUAUAUGAUUCAUUUUAUUUUGUAUUUUCAAGGGAAAAAAAUGUUUCUGUUAUUACAUAUGCUGCAUAAUGAAUGAAUAUCGAGGUUUUGAAAA